GGUGUGGCUUAUGUUUUUUCUUUACGCAUAAUUGUUAUUGAUGUUAUUUUGUUUUUUGCUUUUUAUUCGAAGGUGAAGCGUGCGUGCAGAAUUAUAUGAACAAGGGAAAAUAUUUUUUUUUUUAAAAUGGCAACCUCUGACUCGGAGUCAAAUGUUUCAAGCAGUUCAGGCACCCAAAAAUAUUUCGACAGUUCAGAUGCACCGUCGGACAGUGAAAAAGUAUAUUUACCACGGCUGGAUAUUUGUAAAUUACCUGAAAGGAAGUUGAUAAAAAAUUUGCGCUUCGGCCGAGCCAAAUUGCGGUAUAUAGCCAGUUUAGUUAAAGAUGACCUGCGUCCAAAACGAAACACAAAUUUCGCCCUUAAUCUGGAACAAAGGGUGUGUGUUUGCCUUCGUAUCCUAACCAGUGGAAGCUUCCAAGAUGUGGUGGGUGAUGCUUACGGUUGCUCAAAGCAAUCGGUAUCUAAUUAUUUUGAAAGAUUUUUGGAUGCUAUGUUACGCCAUGUCCAUGAAAUAAUUCGGUUUCCCUUGGAUGACUACGAGUGGUUGCAUGAGCAAUCAGGUGCCUUCGAGUACCGAGGAGGACAAAAAGGUCUGUUCGGAUGUAUUGGCGCUGUAGACGGAACUCAUGUGUAUAUCAUCAAGCCAAAUGAAGAUGGAGAUUGCUAUUAUUCAAAAGGAGGAAAGAAGACUUCAAUGAAUAUUCAAAUCACCUCUGGGCAUGACCAAAGAAUUUUGGAUGUAUGUGCCAGAAAUCCUGGAGGGAAUCAUGAUUCAUUUGUUUUUAAGACAAGUGGCUUGUUUGACAGACUAGAGGCAGCUGCUGAGGACCGAAAAUGGUCUUUUUAUGUCAUAGGUGACAAAGGCUAUGCUACAAGUAAACUACUGGUCUCGCCUCUCCGCCAACCCUCUAAUCCCAGGGAAAGUUCAUUCAACGAGUCGUUAACGAAAAUGCGUAUUGUAGUCGAGCAAGCUAUUGGAGGUGUCAAGCAAAAAUUUAGGGCCAUGCACAACACUGGUGGGACUUUGUGUUAUAGUCCCGAAAAGGUCUCCAAAAUUGCUGUUGUAGCAUGUAUGCUUCAUAAUAUCAGACAGUUUGAUGAAUAUGGCAAAAACAACGAAGAGACUGAUGACAGUAGUGACUCUGAGGUUGAAAAUUCUGAUUCAGAGAGUAAUAGUGAAACAUCUGAUGAUGAGGAUGGUAUUAGUUUUAGGCAAAGUCUAAUCGACGGAAUGCACUAAGUGCCCCUGCUCACAUUCAAUUUAUAAAACCACUACAUGACAUAAAAAAUGUACAAAAUAUAAAUAAAUUUUGAAAAUUUCAGUCCAUCAGCCAUUAUUUAUUCAA